AUGUCCACUGUGACAGAGUUUCUUCUCCUGGGAUGCUCUGAUACUCGAGAACUGAAGAUAUUCCACUUUAUGGUAUUUCUGGGGAUUUAUUGGGCUGCCACGGUGGGAAACUUUCUCAUUGUUGUGGUCAUAGCUGUCAGUAAUCACCUUCACACCCCCAUGUACUUCUUCUUGAUGAAUUUGUCCAUCUUAGACCUUUCAACCGUCUCUGUCACCCUCCCUAAGUCCAUGGCCAGUUCCCUGUUGCAUACCACCGCCAUCUCCUAUUCUGGCUGUGCUGCCCAAGUCUCUUUCUUCCAUGUGUUUGGUGCCGCUGAUCUUGCUUUACUCACUGUCAUGGCAUAUGACCGUUACAUUGCCAUCUGCAAACCUCUUUACUACAAGACACUCACGAAGGCAACUACUUGCAUCUGCAUGGCAGCCUGCAGUGCAUGUCUCAGCUGCGUCCCUUACUCUGCUCUCCACACUGGGAACAUCUGUCAUUUAUCUUUCUGCAAGUCCAACAUCAUUGACCAGUUCCUUUGUGAAGUUCCACAGCUUCUCAAGCUUUCCUGCUCUGAUUCAUACGUUAGUGAAGUUGGCAUUCGUACAUUUAGUUUCCUUUUAGUCGUCAUCUGCUUUGCUUUUAUAACUCUGGAUCUCACAGCUUCUCUUCUCUAUUCUGUGUUGCCACCAGUGAUAAAUCCAGUUGUCUACACCAUGAGGAACAAUGGCAUCAGAGAUGCCAUGCAAAAAUUAACUGACCACAGAUCACUAUGCGGAAAUAAAAAAUCAGUCUUUCUUCACCAGAAUUCCUCUGUGUUCUUG